AUGCGCCGAAGCAGUAGCGACAUUGACGGCGACACUUUUGAGCUGCUCGAGGACAACCAUCUUACUGGUGAUGUGGGCGUGGAAGCCGACACUGAGCAGGACGAUGAGGAUAAUGAUGAUGGGCUGAUGGCUGCAUCAGCGUCGAAUUCUGCGGCAAAAGGUUCUUUUCAGUCACGUUUCAGCGUUCAGGAGUCCAGGCGAGCUAUUCCAAUUCAGCCGAAAACAGCCACUCUGACUAGUGACUCAGGAAGUAUCGUCAUAAACGACGGAUCAAUGGAUGGAACCGCCUGGUCGGACCAAGUACUCAAAUUGGCCGGAGUCUUGCCAAGAGCCAACAGCGAGGAGCGCUUUGUUACUGACGAGACGGGAUCCAAUGCAGAUGUGUGA